AUGCGGCAGGUUCAGGUAAUAGAUAUGAAUGACUACCAGAGAAGAAGAUUUGCCUCUCGUAUAAUUGACAGCCUGUUCAAUACUGUCACUGAUAAGAAGAUUGCUAUUCUAGGGUUUGCAUUCAAAAAGGAUACUGGAGAUACAAGAGAGUCUUCCAGUAUCUACAUUAGCAAGUAUUUAAUGGAUGAAGGAGCAAAACUCCAUAUCUAUGAUCCUAAAGUACCUAAGGAGCAAAUCAUGUUGGAUCUUUCACAUCCAGGUGUCUCGGAAGAUGAUCAAGUGUCUCGACUGGUCACUAUAAGUAAAGAUCCAUAUGAAGCCUGUGAUGGAGCUCAUGCCCUUGUAAUCUGCACUGAAUGGGACAUGUUUAAGGACCUGGAUUAUGAUCGCAUUCACAAGAAGAUGCUGAAACCAGCAUUCAUCUUUGAUGGCAGGAGAGUUCUGGAUGAUCUUCAUAAUGAGCUGCAAGUCAUUGGUUUCCAGAUUGAAACAAUUGGGAAGAAGGUCUCAGCCAAAAGAAUACCUUUUGCUGCUUCUGGUGAAAUUCCUAAGUUCAGUCUGCAAGACCAUCCUGUGAAAAAGCCCAGAGUGUAACUCAAGUACUGAAGGAAUUGUGAACCACCUUAGUGAU